UUCAAUACCAAAACAAAAGUUGCGUAAAAGCUCCAGCAUUUUACACAUAGUCCCGUUUUCCACAAAAUGUUCAAGUAAAUCGAAAUUAUCUAUAGAAUAGAUAAAUAUAUAGCUGAAUCGUUACACGCCUGAUACUUGUAACAAGAUCCGUAACAAGUUAGCAAGAUGAAUAUGUUACCGAAACUUCCGAAUCCGGACGAAAAACCGAAAGAAGAAUCUCCUCCCAAAACUACCGGUUUCUUUUUUCCGAACUCGGACCUGGAUGAGGUGGCCAGACAUUUCAUUGGAAAUACGCACAGAUUUCGGGAGAACAUCAUCAUCCCCAAAACUUACGGGGUGGUGCAGAUCAAAACCAACGAGGAGAAAAUGGUGGAGGCCGCCUUCGAAAGCUGCGCAUUCAAAUCCGUCAUGAGCUGCGUGCUGGGCUACGGUUUGGGUGCCGCCAUCGGUUUGUUCACCUCCUCGGUUAAUCCUAACAUAGCGGAUCCACUUGCAGCCGAGAAGCAGCAGACGGCACGGGAAAUUUUUCGAGAAAUGCGUGCCGCCACUCAUUCGUACGGUAAAAAUUUUGCCGUAAUUGGAGCCGUUUUUGCCGGUGUUGAGUGCAUAAUUGAGUCGAAACGUGGAGUGUCGGACUGGAAGAAUGGUACCUAUGCCGGUGCUGUUACCGGAGGCUUGAUUGGUUUGAGAGCCGGAGUCAAGGCUGGAAUUGUUGGCGCUGCUGGUUUUGCGGCAUUUUCCACGGUGAUCGAUUACUACAUGAGACAUCGGUAAACUAGUCGUACGAAGAAAUGUAUUUUACCUAAUAUUAUUGAGUUAAUUAUAAAUAUAGUUGAAACAAUAAAUUACAAAAACUAACAAGUGA